AUGACAGCCACCCAAAUACCGGUGAUGUCCAAUUCGAUCUUUCCGCCCAUCAACUUCCUCAUCCAGAACUCGGCGUUCUUUUCCAGCAUCGCCGCUCAGAAGGCUCUUUCUUCCGUCCAUCCUACCGGUGAGUCAUCCUGUUUUCUUUCAGUUCCCACGUAUUAUUAUAGGCUCUUCUUUGGCUGCGCUCGAGAAACUAUCAAAAGCGUUCCGUCGGCCAGAUCUACAAAUUGAAAAACUGGCAACGUCUUGUAUUGACAAGCAUAAAGAUAUGAAAAGUGAGUUCUAAUGAUCGUCUGCCUUAUUUUAUCAUUUAUCAUGCCAGGUUCCAACGUGGUUCCUUCUCGGAAUCGCUACGGAAGACCGUACAUCUCUGGAAGGCCGCUGCUCACGUGCGACCGACAAAAGAUAGUCGAGUGCUACAAGAAAGGAAUGAAGAAGAUCCACAUCGCGAAGCAGUUGGGAAUCACGCACAGUUGUGUCAGUAAAGUGCUUAGAAGGUGAGCGAGUGUUUCCGAAAAGUAUUCUUGGUUUCUUUGGAAAGUUUAUGACCAUAAAGAGUGUUUCUAGUCUCAAGAAUACUUCUUGUUAGACCUGCUUCGUCAUACUUCGGUCCCUGAACUCACUUUUGUCUUAUAAUCGGUCUGUGCAUACAUCUGACCAAAAAGAGUUUUUGGCCCAGUUAAGAGGGCCUAGAUAGGAAAGCCGUAGGUAAUUGAAGAACGUUCUCUGGAGCCCUAAUCCCUAGCUUCCCCCAGUGGCUGCUCCUACUACCGUAAUCCUUCGCCUACCGUAUUCCGUCCAUUUAUAUACUUCGUAACCCCAUCGUCGUUAUGAUCAUCGGAAUCUUCCGUUCAUUCGGGUGCCAGCCGUCCUUCCUUUUACAUACUAAUCUCACCAAAUCACAUAAGAGAAUGUGAUGAUUUAUGAAAACGGCUUGCCGGAUAUCUAUGGACAAAAUCGCCGAAUUCACAACCAAAAACGACUGUAGGAGCGUGUAGAAUUAAUUUCCGAUUUCGGAAAGGUGUUUUCCGUUUGGCGCAUGUCCAAUUGUGAAAUAUCUUGGCAUUGGAAUGAACGGGAGAUUACUGUAGUACUUCAGGUACGCUGAAACCGGAGAAAUCGUGGCGAAAACGUGCAGAACGGCUUCUUGCUCUUGCCCCGGAUCGGCCGAAGAGCACGACGUCCGGUACUGCAGGCACUUGCAGGACAACACCAUCCGACUCUUCUUUUCCAUCGAAAAGUAAUUUUGAAUUGGUGCUCUUCGAUAAACUUUCGAUUUUUUCAGCAUUCUUCGGAAAGAGUCGACUCGAGUCAUCUACUUUUCCAAAUCUACACCGGAUCUUUGA